AUUGUGUAUUGAGCCAAAACCAUACAACGGCUAUAGGCUUUAGCAAUUCCCCAAUUUAUAGCCCUUUAGGGGUUUCUUUUCUAUUUUAGUUUUAAAAUGGCUUUCGCCAUUAAUACUGCCCAUUUUUUCCGAUUCCCUUGCGAUUCUCCGCUGCCCUCUCUUCCUCAAUCUCAACGCCUUUCAAGUUCAGGUCUCAAUCCCGCCUCCCCUGAUGUUUUAGACCCUAAGGUUUUGCGUUUGAAUCGUCGUAGACGACGCGCCGUCGCAAUGAAUGGCCAGACGACAACUGAGAAGAAACCCGCCUUUGGGGAUAGGAUGCUGGUGUUUGUGCCGCCGCAUCCUUUAAUUAAGCACUGGGUUUCAGUACUUCGGAAUGACCAAACUCCUUCGCCAAUCUUCAGGAAUGCUAUGGGUGAGCUUGGAAGAUUGCUAGUGUACGAGGCAUCAAGAGACUGGCUGCCAACUAUCUCGGGAGAAAUUCAAUCGCCAAUGGCUCCUGUCACAGUGGAAUUUAUUGAUCCAAGGGAACCCAUUGCAAUUGUUCCCAUAUUGAGAGCUGGCCUUGCUUUGGCAGAGCAUGCACCAUCAGUUUUGCCGGCUACAAAAACAUAUCAUCUAGGGAUCAGCAGAAAUGAAGAAACACUUCAGCCAACUGUAUAUUUGAACAAGCUGCCUGAUAAGUUCCCUGAGCGUUCUCGAGUAUUUAUUAUAGACCCCAUGCUUGCAACAGGUGGGACAGUGGUUGCAGCUAUUGAACUGAUAAAGGCCCGAGGGGUUGAUACCAAAAACAUGAAAGUGAUAUCUGCUGUUGCUGCUCCUCCAGCUCUUCAAAAGCUGAGUGAGAAGUUCCCUGGGCUUCAUGUCUAUUCAGGGAUCAUUGACCCUACAGUUGAUGAGAGAGGGUUCAUAAUUCCAGGACUUGGGGAUGCCGGGGACCGUAGCUUUGGUACAUAAAUCUAGCAGUACAAUACUCUGGCAUAAUCUAUUCCUGUCUUCAUUUCACCAAUUUUGACAUCUAAAGGUAUGAAAUAAAAACUCAGUUGAAUGGCAACCCUAGUUUUAUCUUUGUAGGAACAUCAAAAUUAUUCAUUACAAAGACACAUUGUAAGAUCCGCAGUAACUCAUUCAUAUGAUUCUAAAUUAUUUUGUUGAAAUAA